AUGCUGCGCACGUCGCUGAGCAAAGCUGGCAGCCGGGUGCUGCGCGGAGCCAGUGCCUGCUCUGUCUCCUCCUGCUCCUCCGCAUCGAGAUGCUUCUCGACUGCCGCUCCCCGGUUCUCUGGAGCUUUCUCUGCGAGUCGCCGUCCUCUAUCGAUCACGACCCAGAAGAGGUAUGCCAGUGCCACCGCCAAUGUUCCCGAUCCGAACGACAACUUCCUCUCCGGAAAUACCGCCAAUUACAUCGAUGAGAUGUAUAUGCAAUGGAAGGAGGACCCCAAGAGCGUCCAUGUGUCAUGGCAGGUCUACUUCAAGAAUAUCGAAAACGGCGACAUGCCCAUCUCUCAGGCCUUCACGCCCCCUCCUACCCUUGUGCCUAGCUCUUCGGUCGUCCCCGGACUCGCUGCUGGGUCCGGAGUUGGCCUCGGUGAAGGCUCCGAUGUCACAAACCAUUUGAAGGUGCAACUACUGGUGCGCGCGUACCAGGCUCGUGGUCAUCACAAGGCAAACAUCGACCCUCUUGGCAUUCGACGCGAAUCCAAGGGCUCUGGAAACAUUCAGCCCAAGGAACUGAGCCUUGAGUACUAUCAGUUUACCGAGAAGGAUCUCGAUACCGAAUACACUCUUGGCCCUGGCAUCUUGCCGCGAUUCAAGAGGGAGGGAAGAGAGAAGAUGACCCUGCGCGAAAUCAUCAACGCUUGCGAGAAGAUCUACUGCGGCUCAUAUGGUGUUGAAUUCAUUCAUAUCCCAGACAGAGAGAAGUGCGAUUGGUUGAGAGAGCGUAUCGAGGUGCCUCAGCCGUUCAAGUACUCAAUUGACGAGAAGAGGAGAAUCCUGGAUCGGUUGAUCUGGAGCUCCAGCUUUGAGUCAUUUCUAGCCACGAAGUAUCCCAACGACAAGCGAUUCGGUCUCGAGGGUUGCGAGACUCUUGUUCCCGGCAUGAAGGCACUCAUUGACCGUAGUGUUGAUUAUGGUGUCAAGGAUAUCGUUAUUGGAAUGCCCCAUCGUGGCCGUCUCAACGUGCUCAGCAACGUUGUCCGAAAGCCGAACGAGUCCAUUUUCAGCGAGUUUGCCGGCACAUCCGCCGCUGAAGAUGAGGGAUCCGGCGAUGUCAAGUACCAUCUGGGAAUGAACUUCGAGCGACCCACACCCUCCGGAAAGCGCGUCCAAUUAUCUCUCGUUGCCAACCCUUCGCAUCUAGAGGCCGAGGAUCCCGUCGUCUUAGGCAAGACCCGCGCUAUCCAGCACUACAAUAACGAUGAGAAGACGCACCGCACCGCAAUGGGCGUUUUGCUCCAUGGUGAUGCCGCCCUUGCUGCGCAGGGUGUGGUGUAUGAAUGCCUUGGUUUCCACUCUCUACCAGCUUACUCGACCGGCGGCACCAUCCACUUGGUUGUGAACAACCAGAUCGGUUUCACCACUGAUCCUCGUUUUGCCCGCUCCACUGCGUACUGCACGGAUAUCGCAAAGGCGAUUGAUGCUCCCGUCUUUCACGUCAAUGCUGAUGAUGUAGAGGCUGUCAACUUCGUCUGCCAACUUGCCGCCGAUUGGCGUGCCGAGUUUCAGCAGGAUGUCAUCGUUGAUCUGGUCUGCUACCGCAAGCAUGGUCACAACGAGACGGAUCAGCCAUCGUUCACUCAACCAUUGAUGUACAAGCGUAUCCAGUCACACGACCCGCAGAUUGACAUUUAUGUGGAGCAGCUUCUCAAGGAUGGUACCUUCACCAAGGAGGACAUUGAAGAGCACAAGCAAUGGGUCUGGGGCAUGCUUGAGGACAGCUUCGCCAAAUCCAAGGAGUACCAGCCAACGUCAAAGGAGUGGACCACAUCCGCGUGGAACGGCUUCAAGUCUCCGAAGGAGCUAGCUACUGAAGUCCUGCCUCACAACCCUACCGGUGUCGAUCAGAAGACCUUGGAGCAUAUCGGUGAGGUUAUCGGCUCAGCUCCCGAGGGAUUCAACGUUCACCGCAAUCUUAAGCGUAUUCUUUCGAACAGGACGAAGUCUGUUGUGGAGGGCAAGAACAUCGACUGGUCAACUGCGGAAGCUCUGGCAUUCGGUACACUGGUUACUGAGGGCCACCACGUGCGUGUCUCUGGCCAGGAUGUGGAGCGUGGUACUUUCUCUCAGCGCCACUCUGUCUUCCAUGACCAGGAGACUGAAGACACUUACACCCCUCUUCAGCAUGUGAGCAAGGACCAGGGCAAGUUUGUCAUCUCCAACUCGUCGCUCAGUGAGUUUGGUGCCUUGGGCUUCGAAUAUGGUUACUCCCUGACCUCCCCGAACGCUCUCGUGAUGUGGGAGGCUCAGUUUGGCGACUUUGCCAACAACGCCCAAUGUAUCAUUGAUCAGUUCAUUGCUUCAGGAGAAAUCAAGUGGAUGCAGAGAACUGGCCUUGUUAUGUCGCUGCCCCAUGGUUAUGACGGCCAGGGUCCGGAGCACUCGUCCGGUCGUCUUGAGCGCUACCUUCAGCUCUGCAAUGAGGACCCGCGCCUCUUCCCUUCAGAGGAGAAGCUCAACCGCCAACACCAAGACUGCAAUAUGCAGAUUGCAUACAUGACCACUCCAGCCAACCUCUUCCACAUUCUUCGUCGCCAGAUGAACAGGCAAUUCCGAAAACCUUUGGUCAUCUUCUUCUCGAAGUCGCUCCUGCGUCACCCUCUUGCUCGGUCGGACAUUGAGGAGUUCACUGGCGACUCUCAGUUCCACUGGAUCAUCCCUGACCCCGCGCAUGAGUCUGGUGCGAUCAAGUCUCCAGAAGAGAUUGACCGUGUCAUUCUGUGCUCUGGCCAGGUUUAUGCCGCUCUGCACAAGUACCGCGCUGACAACAACAUCAACGAUGUUGCCAUUACCCGUGUCGAGCAACUUCACCCCUUCCCCUGGCAACAACUGAAGGAGAACCUUGACACAUACCCUAACGCCAAGACCAUCGUCUGGGCCCAGGAGGAGCCGCUCAACGCCGGUGCUUGGAGUUUCACACAGCCUCGUAUUGAGACGCUUCUGAAUCAGACCCAGUACCACGACCGCAAGCACGUCAUGUAUGCGGGCCGAAACCCGAGUGCCUCUGUCGCCACAGGUCUGAAGGCAUCACAUACCAAGGAAGAACAGGAGUUCCUGAAGAUGGCUUUCAGCGUCAAGCAGGAUAAGCUCAAGGGAGAGUAA